CUCGACCCUGUCAGCGUCGCUAUGGUUCCAAAGGAAGAGCACAAUCUUUGAUUCGGAUGGAAUCUAUCUGUUCGAUUUUGAGAAAUGUGUUUGCUGCUUGGUGCAACCGGUGUUGGAAAGACACUGCUCUUGAAGCGUUUACAGAAGCUCAGUUUGAGAGAUGGAGUAUCUGAAUUAGGGGAGCCCCCUGUUACUCUGCCUACAGUGGGCACCAACCUGACAGACCUAACACUAAAGAAGCAGAAUGUGACAGUGAGAGAACUGGGAGGGUGCAUGGGUCCUAUCUGGCCUAGUUACUACCCUGACUGUUCCUCAGUUAUUUUUAUGGUGGACUCUGCCAACAUCACUCAGAUUUCUUCCUCCUGUAUCCUGCUACUGUCUGUUCUUUCAGCUGAGCAGCUCCACAAUGCAUCGGUCCUGGUCAUCUUCAACAAGAGGGACCUCCCCUGUACCAUGAGUCUAGUAGAGAUUAAGUCACUGUUCAGGAUGGAUGACAUCAUCGCCUCCGCACCGCAGCCAAUCACCACUCUUGAGCUCAGCUCUCGUUCCGGCCAGGGACUGCAGGAGGUUUUGGACUGGUUGGACUCCACCCUAAAGGAUCAAUGACAUUUUCCUUCUAGAAAGCAGUUCCUCGUAAAGUUGAUAUUGUUGUCAUGGGAUUUUGGAUGAUGUAACCACCAACUGAGGAAGUGAUGUCACAGGGCGAUCUCCCUCUGCUUCACAUACACAACAGACAUUAGUGUAUAUUGGAUUUGAAAUGAAACGCUGAGGUUAAAAAGCAGCUUUAAUUUUUAGGGUAUUUAUAUCCUUAAACUGUGAUAUGUGUAAGAAUUACAGGUUUUUGGGCAACUUUCCUGAUAAUGCUCUGAAAGGCCUGUACUGCAGCUGUCUUCAGUUCCAGUUUGUUUUGGUGCAAUUUUCUUUUUGCUCAGUUGGAUUCAGGUCAUGAUGUUGAAAAACAACAACAGACUCCAAAUGCAAAUGCUGCACCUAGAAUCCCUUCUAGAUCUUUUGGUAGCUCUAGUGAGUGUGAUCAAUACAAAUUUUUCAUCAAACACUUCACAGUUUAUCAAUGUAAAUACCUUUAAAGCCAUGUCUGCAAUUUUUUUGUCAUUGUUUAAUUUCAAAUCCAGUGUGCUGGAGUAUAGAUGUCAUUGUCCUUACAAUCUUAUCCCACCUAGAAUGAUGCUGUCGUCCUUAUGGCAUCAUGUCCAAUUGAGGAGGCAUGACAUUGAUGCAUUUGUGGUUGAAAUAUGUCUAUUUAUUGUCAACAAUCAGCAGCAUAUCAUUUUGUGCAAAACAGUUCUGGGGAGUGAGGUUCAGUUGGGUGAACUGGCCUGGUGACAAUGGCUGCAUUUACAAAGGCUGGCCCAAUUCAGAUCAUUUUAUUCACUUAUGGGCCUUUUGACCAACCACAUCCAAUGUUAUCACAUGAGGAACAGUCACCUUGGAGUCCAAGCAAACUGAAACAUCUAGUUUAAGGGUUCAGACAUCUUAAGCCAAGCUUGUAGCUCCCUCUGAAAUCACGAUUAAACACCUCAGGAGUUUUAA